CCUCUUCAGUCGUCUCCGUCCCACAAUGCACCCCGACCGGCAGCCUUUGAAAACGUAGCGCGGCUGAUUCAAGAUGGCGGAGAUGGAACAGCUGCUGGACGAAAGUUCAUCAGCAAAAGCUCUUGUCAGUCUGAAAGAAGGAAGUUUAUCAAACACUUGGGGUGAGAAACAUGGCUCACCCAAACCACAAACUCCAAAGGGAAGGGGAGAUUUUUCACCUGUGGAGAAUACCAGAGGCUCGAAGAGGAGCCGCGGUCUGUGUGAAGAGGAUGAAGGGCCAGUUGCCUCCAGAUCACCUCGGAGGAGUCAUAGAGUGAUAACUAUGCCACAGAAAUUUGCUGAUUUUGCAGUCCCAGACAAAAAGGCAUCUCAGAAGAUUGGACUGAGAUUGAGGAAUUUAUUGAAAUUGCCUAAAGCACACAAAUGGUGCAUAUAUGAAUGGUUUUAUUCAAACAUCGAUAGACCUUUAUUUGAAGGAGACAAUGACUUCUGCCUCUGCCUGAAAGAGUCAUUUCCAAAUCUGAAAACCAGAAAGUUGAUAAGAGUUGAAUGGGCAACAAUCAGAAGGUUGAUGGGAAAACCCAGAAGGUGCUCGUCGGCAUUCUUCGCGGAGGAGAGGUCAGCACUGGAGCAGAAGAGACAGAAGAUCAGGCUUCUGCAGCAGAGGAAGCUAACAGACGUGUCACACUGCAAAGACCUGCCUGAGGAGAUCCCCCUGCCCUUAGUCAUAGGAACCAAAGUCACAGCUCGUCUGAGAGGUGUUCACGAUGGCCUGUUCACGGGCCAGAUCGACGCAGUGGACACUGGUGCUGCCACAUACAGAGUCACGUUCGACAGGAAGGGCUUAGGGACACACACGGUUCCCGAUUACGAAGUCCUCAGCCAUGAUCCCGGUGACACCAUGCCACUCUCGGCCUUCGCCCAGAAACAGCGUCCAGCCCGCCUCCACACCUUCCUAACGCCCACGCGAGAACCGUACCCCUCAUCGGCCCCCUCCGCACUGAUGGAUAAUGAUCCAUUGCUCGGUCAGUCUCCGUGGAAGAGUACCCUGACGACAUCAGAGGGUGAUACACUUGGUGGCUUUCCUGUGAAUUUUCUUGUGCAAGUCACACGGUUAUCAAAGAUCCUUAUGGUAAAGAAGGAGCACAUAAAACAGUUAAGAGAGAUGAAUGCAGAAGCGGAAAAACUGAAAUCUUAUGCGACACCAAUAGAAUACGAGUUUCAAAGGAGAUAUGCCACAAUUGUGUUGGACCUUGAACGACUCAACAAAGACCUCAAUAAAGUGUUGCAUGAAGUUCAGCAAUAUUGUUGUAAGCUGGCUCCAGAGCAGGGCCUUCAGCCAGAGGAGGAAGCGGUGGACGUGAGGCGACGCUGUGAGGAGGAGGCCCAGAAGAUCGUCAGGCAGGCCAACGUCCUCCCCAACGGCCAGCACUGCGUCCACAGCCCCAGGCUCACCCAGCUCAUCUCCAAUCUCACCACGCUGCUGCUGCAGAUCAAGUGUUUGGCUGAGGGAGGUGAUUUGAAUUCCUUUGGGUUUAAAUCAUUAAACGAUUCACUCAAUGACAUCAAAACGUCAAUUGAUACUUCCAAUGCCAGCUGCUUUCAGAACAACGUGGAGAUUCAUGUGGCCCACAUUCAGAGUGGCCUGAGUCAGCUGGGGAACCUCCACGCCUUUGCGGCCAACAACACCCACAGUGUUUAAGCCUUCCAGCCUUUAGUACAUAUCUAACCAUCACUCUGUACAUAUCCUCUGACAUAAUCGUUGGAAAUAUACCUCGGACAGCAAGAAGUGCAAGUACAAACCUUCAGAGAACUUUACUCUUCAUAGACCAGAGUUGGAAUGAGGGGACUUUUAUGCAAGAGAUUUGUGAGAUUUGUCACAUUUUUGCACAGUGCGCGCACACACACACACACACACACACACACACACACACACACACACAUACACACACAUCGUGAGGGUUGACUUGAGUUGACUCCUUAAAAAAAAAAAACACCCAUCAGAUUGUAAAGAAAUUUUGUUUCACCCCGUUCUCAUAUGUUCGUUCUUCCCAGGACCAGGCCUGUCUCUCUUCUGAACAUUUUACGAUGAUCUUUGGUGAAUGCUCCCCUUGAAUGUACGGAGCAGGAAGCUGAGACUUUUAGAUUGUCCUUUGCUGCACUUCCGUCUGCUAAUAUCACACCAUUUUAAGGGCUUGUUUUACCUCAAACCUCACUCUUACUUUUAUGUUCAAGCACAUUUAUAGGAGAUUUUUUGAGAAAGACAAAAAAUAGAAGAAAAAAAAUCUACAGCUGCAGACUGUAAUUGGGUCUGUUUAUUUGUAUCAGUAGGUGAGGCAGGGCUCCAGACGGGCAUUGCACAGUACUGCAUGCACCACACAAACCCGCUGCAAACAAGGAUGUAGAGAGCAGCUGUUAGGGUUUGAUGCUUUUGUUUUGGUUUUCUUUUAUAUUGCCAUGUGUUUGUUACACAGCAAAAUGUCAUUGCAUCUCUUCUCAUCUUUUCUGUUUUAGUUUCUGAUCAAUUUUUACACUCAAAAUGAGUGAUUUCACAGAAAUGCAAACCUCAAAAUCUGCAGCCUUACGUGUCAGUGCUAUUUUUGUACCUUCUGUAGUGUGCUUUAAGUCAGAAUAAGUAUUUAUGAUCUCUGGAGCUUAGAGAUGGCUGUAAUGUUGUGUAAAUACUUCUAAAUGAUUUUUAUCUCGAGUCUUUGUACAGUUAUUCGCAGAAUUCUUGAAAUGUAUGUUGUUAAAAGAAGAUACUUGCCUCCAGUAGUCAUUUUGUUUGGAUUACAUUGAGCUCCACCCAUUAUAAAAUAUUAUUUAAAAGUAUAUUUUAUUGCAUUUAUGGUGCGUCGAUCCAUUAAAAAAACCAAAAUGAUGCACAUUUUCCCUAUGCAAAACUACCUUCGAAGAUUAUGUUUCCGUUAAUGUGUGAAAUUAAAAUGGUUUCUCCCACUUUG